UGCCUGAUGUCUAUACCUCUGCAAGUAUAAAUACAGCAAGCGUUUCGAUUCAAAGGCUCGGUAUCAUUCAGAUCUUCCCUAUUACUCACUUCUCCUUCCUUUAACGAAAAUGGGAUUCAAGUUGCCAUUCCGUUACAACUCUCCUAACUUCCAAGUUUUCUUGGUUGGUUUCAUCUGUUUCUGUUGUCCUGGUAUGUUCAAUGCCUUGAACGGUAUCGGUGGUGCUGGUCGCUCAAGCCCCAAGGCUACCGACAAUGCCAAUACGGCUUUGUCUAUCACUUUCACUCUCUGUUCCCUUAUUGGUGCCCCUGCUUAUAACAUGUUUGGCCAUCGUAUCAUUGUCCCUGCUGCCCUUGCUUAUGUGCUUUAUGUCGGUUCUUAUCUUGCUACCAGCGACGCUUUCACCAUUGCUACUGGUGCUGUCCUCGGUAUUGGAGCUGGUUUCCUUUGGACUGCUCAAGCUGGUAUUAUGAUGUCCUACCCUCAAGAAAACGACAAGGGUAAAGCCUUCUCUAUCUUCUGGAUGGUGUUCAACUUGGGUGCUACUCUUGGUGCUGCUAUUCCCCUUGGUAACGAAUGGAACUCUGUUAAGGGUGAUGUUAAGCCCGGUACCUACAUUGCUUUCAUGGUCAUUAUGACUGUUGGUGCUUUCUUGGCUCUUGCUCUUUUGCCCGCUUCCAAGGUCGUCCGUGCUGAUGGUUCUUAUGUCUCGCUCCACAAAUUCUCCAACUGGCGUCGUGAAGCCGUUGAAAUUAUGAACUUGUUCAAGGACUGGCGUAUGCUUAUCUUGAUUCCUCUCUUUGCUGGUUCCAACUGGUUCUAUACCUACCAAUUCCAGGUCUACAACGGUGGAGGUUACUUCAACCUUCGUGCUCGUGGUCUUAACAACUUGGUCUAUUGGCUUCUUCAGAUUCUCGGCGCUGGUGCCUUUGGUUGGCUUCUUGAUUUGGAAUGCCUUGGUAACCGUAGACGCCGUGCUAUGAUCGGUAACACUCUUGUCUUUGUGUGUAUGACUGCCCUCUGGAUCGCCUGUAUCUUUAUCCAAAUGAGAUUCACUCGUGAAUCUGUCAAGGCCGAAGGUUUCGCUCCCACUGAUGUGUUCUCCUCUGGCUAUGUUGGUCUUCUUAUUGAAUACGCUGGUUUCGGUCUCGGUGACGCUAUCUACCAAGGUUUCAUCUACUGGUUGUUGGGUACAAUGACCAACGAUACCGAACGUGCUGCUCGUUAUGGUGGUUUCUACAAGACCGUUCAGAACGCUGCCAAUGCCAUUGCUGCCCAGAUCGAUGCUCAACACGUUCCCUAUAUGACCGAAUUGAUCAUUACUUUCGCUGUCAACACUGUUGGUUUGCUCCUUACCUACGUCGUCUGCUGGACAGUUCCUGACGUGACCGUUGAAGAAGUCGAUAACUUGCAAGAUGGUCAUGCCGUUGGUACCUUGGUUGGUGGUCGUGUUGAAACCGUCGAGUCUGUUGAGGCUGGCAAGGAAACUUACGAAGAGACCAAGGCCUACAAUUAAAUUUAAGCAUUUCUAGAUCUAUGUAUUUUUUAUUUUAAUUACUAUCAUUUGUGUUUCGAUUGAUGGAUUAAAAAACAUCAUUAAUUUCCCACUA